AUGGACGGCUCUAUGGCUUCCGGGAUUGGCAAUGAGAAAGCAACUACAGACGUUGAUGACUCUACAUGGGAUGCUUUUGAUAUUUCAUCUUCAGAAGAUGAAUAUGAAAUACCUUCAUCUGAUGAUGAUGAUACCAUUUUUGGUGAUCUUCUAUCUGAGUCUGAUAAUAUGGACAUCGAUGAUGAAGACAGCAUAAGUGGUACAGAUGAUGAACCCACUUCUGAAAAUACGAGUGAUGUGACAGGAAGUUCCCAGCUGGACCAUACUAAGCACGAAGAUGAUAAGGAUCCAUAUGAUAUUGAUGCUGAAAUGAACAGACAAAAGAUCAAGGAUCAUCAGAAAUCUAGGAUCAUGUCACUGGGAGCUGCUGGGAUGAGAUUAUUCAACAUUAUGAGGAUAUUUAUCAGUGAUAAUGGAAAAUACAGCAGGGUAGGAUUUGUAAGAAAGGAUCUUUACAACAUGUCUUGCCGUGAAAAGAGGAAGAUGAUUGCAAAGGGUGACGCCAACACAACCAUUGGCAUUAUGGAGAAGAGGAAGAGAGAUGAUCCUGAAUUCUUUUUUGAUUACAAGCUUGGUAAAGGUGAAAAAUUGUUACACCUGUUCUGGUGUGAUUCUCAGUCUCGGCAGGACUAUGCCGACUUCGGUGACGUGCUGGUGUUUGACAGCACGUACAAAACAAAUCGGUAUGCUAUGCCGUUCAUACCUUUUGUGGGAAUGAACAAUCACCGCCAGACUACUGUUUUUGCAUGCGCCAUUGUCUCGGACGAGAAGGAAGAGACAUAUAAGUGGUUGUUAGAAACAUUCCUGAAGGCCAUGUAUCAGCAGAAGCCUAAAGGGAUCAUCACUGAUGGGGACGCUGCAAUGAUCGCCGCUGUUGGUAAAGUCUUUCCAGGCGUGUGGUACCGUGUUUGUACGUGGCAUAUUGAGAAGAACAUGAAGAAGCACCUAGACCCCCUGGAUCACAAUGAAUUCCGGUCGCUGCUGUACUACAGCACUUCGGAACAAGUAUUCGAGGAGAGAUGGAGGGCAUUCGUCGAGAAGCACCAGACGGCAUUAACCAAAGAAUGGAUGAAGAGGAUGUAUGCUAGGAAGAAGUUGUGGUCAGACGCUUAUCUAGCGAAUGGAUAUUUCCUUGGAAUGAAAAGCAACCAGAGGAGCGAGAGUUUGAACUCCACCCUACACACCCACCUUGACUUUGGACUGACAAUGGUGGAUAUGGUUGUGCACUACGAGAAUAACAGUAGCCGUGUCCGGGAGGAAGAGGCCCGCCACGACGCCAUAGACUCUCAGACACUACCGGUUGCAGUUACCAGGUACAAGGAUAUAGAGACGUCUGCUGCCCGUAAAUUCACUGCUGCAAACUUCUACCUCGUUCAAGGGGAGCUGAAAAAGAUUGGGGGCCUAGAGAUUGUAGAUCAACUUGGAUGUGUUGGUGGGGUAUCAACCUUCGUUGUGUCAUGGAUGAAUAACCGUAAGUAUUUGUUUUCAGUGGAUUACAGACCUGAAAGCAAAGAGGAAACAAUAACGUGCAGCUGCCGAAGGAUAUAUCGGAAAGGGCUACCUUGCAAGCACAUCUUGUUUGUUUUGCAUUAUGUGGGGUACUCUGAAAUUCCAAACUGUUGUGUUCUCCGAAGGUUCUCGAAGGAUGCAAGGUAUGGUUUGCCCUCGAGACGCGAGAGUGAUUUGUACGGAUGGGGAUGGGAAGGGGUAGCUGAGCGGAGAAAGCAUAGCGAGCUUACCCUCAUUGGAGCAGAAGCUUUUGAUGCCACAUUGCAUGACCCAGAAUCUUUCAGCGAGCUUAUGAAAUGUAUGAAAGGCAUAAUAUAUAGGAGAAAAGGCGCCCAGACCAGUCAUUCAACGGCUUACCAUGAGGACGCACAAAACAGAGGAGAUGCACCAGUAGUGGGUGAUCCUGAUCAAGCUGAGACCAAAGGAGCACCUAAACAAAACAAGAGGUACUAUAAGGACAAGGAUACAAAUCAACAGACAUCAAAACAUGGCAGGAUACUGUCACACGACGAGCGGAAGAAGGAGGGGUUGUGCAGUGCUUGCAAUCAACCAGGUCAUAACAGAAACAACAAGAUGAAGUGCAGGCUACAUAAGGAGUGA